UCUUCGCUUAUUCGUAAUGAACUUCACAAGAGCGAAAAGUGCUAAUGUUAGAUAUUAGGUGCCAAUUACUUAAAUAAAAGGUCGAAACUGACUUAAGUCAUAAAGAAGCCAUGGCCAAUCCAAAACCUGAGGCGACCAUCUUCGUGUUCAAUGGCGAUCAUGAGAAAGACCGAAAGUACACCGAAAUCGAGCGCCUGGGAAUGACGCACUGGCAGACGGAUUAUGCCAGUGACAUCUUCAAGUCGAUGAAGGAGCAGGAGCAGCGACGUCGCCCGCUCCAGUACAUGUCGACGCAGUUGAACGAGCGCCAGGAGGCAAUGCAAUUGCUGCAUGAAAUCACUCGCACGUACAAGUUGAGUCGCUGCGCCUUCCAUUUGGCCAUGUACUACCUGGAUCGCUUUGCUGAUCAUUACAAAAUCCGAGCCGACAAGUUUCCGCUGGUGAGCCUUAUCUGUCUUCAUAUUGCCGCUCAGAUCGAGAACACCGAUGCCGUCAUACCGCGCUACAGCGAAAUGAAUCGCUGGGUUAAGGAUGCCUACACUGCCACCGAAUACAAGGUGGCGGAGCGUAAGAUCCUUUCCUUUUUCAACUUUGAGAUGAUACGUCCCACGACGGCCAGUUUCGUGGAGUUGUUCAGCUGCACCUUCCUUACACGCAACGAUUUUGAGGACUAUAUCCGCAUGUUGGAUGGCUACGAGCAGGACCGCAUUAUUGUGGCGUACCAGCGAUUUGGAAGCUUCGAGCAAAUGCUAGACACACUUGCCCAGGUGCUGCUCCGCGUGGCCAAUUGCACUUUGAGCAUUACCUCAUUUGGCAAUGUAGCCCCGUCCCUUGUGGCCGCCGCCUGCAUUGCAGCCGUUCGUCAGGUGAACGGGGUCAAGCGCUGGUCGCAGUACCUCAUGGAUCUAACCAGUUACUCAGAGGCCCAAGUGGAGGUCUAUUCGGAAACGAUAACUACGCAUUAUUACUAUCAGAUCAUUCCGCCGCCGGCACCAGUCACGGUGCCAGAGCCCGAGAAUAAGGAGCCGCCUAUUUAUGAACAUACCUCGGGUCAGAGCAACCAAAAUUGGUCCAGUCCUGAUUCCGGAUUCGAAGAGCAGUUAACUGGAAGCACAGACUUUAAGGAAUCUGAAUUGGCUUCAGGCACAGACUUCGAAAAGCCUUCGACUUCAUCUACAGACUUCGGAAAUCUUUUGACUGCAACUGCAGAUUUCGAGGAAGACUUUAAUGCAACUGGAGGCUUUGGAAAUCCUUCGACUGCAACUACAGACUUCGUAAAACCAUUGGCUGGAGCCACAGACUUCAAGGAACUUGAACCUGUGACCAAAGACUUCAAGGAACCUUUCACUGUCACUACGGACUUUAAGGAACCUUUUACUGUAACGAAAGAAUUUUUUGUCCUUGAUAAUGGCAUAAUCCAGGUGGUGGAAACGUAUAACAUUAUCACCGUACAGCUCCAGGAACCAGUCCCCACUGCAGAUACCUCACAUAGUGAUCCUGAGCCAACCCUCAAGCGUCGUCGCCAGGAAGAUGACAUAGAAAGUGACGCUCAGCCGUUCAAAAAACCAAAAUUGGUGACCGAACUUAAUGACUAAGACCAAAGAGCCGUUUGGUGGAAAUUAUAAAAGGUUUUCAGGCGCACAAGAUAUUGAUUGAUAUUCGAUAUGCGGCCGCUCAAUUGAGUUGAGCAGCUACCAUUAUCGUAAAUCAUAUAUUAUUAAGUUAUUCAUAUAUAAAGACAUAUAUAUAUGUAUUUAAUAAAUAAUUGAAAUUACUUAUUAACUUAUGGAUACAAAAAUGUAGAAAAAUACUCAACAAAAA